AAUGAGAAUUCAUUUUAGUUUCAUAACUUUUCUUCUCUAUGUGUUAUUCUUGUCAUUUAAAUCUGUUAAUGGAGGAGGUGAUCUGUUUUGCGAAUUUGGAAACAGUGAUCCAAUUAGAUGUGCCGAAAUUAAAUGCCCCAAAGGAAAAGAACCCAUAGCUUGCACGGCGACAAAUACAGGCAACGACUGUCAAGCUUGUCCAACUGGCACUUUCGCUGAUACUGAAACAUUUAGAAAGAGAAGAGAAGAUGUAUUUGGAAAUUGCGAAAUGAAAACUUGUCAAACAAUGCGUUCUUGUACUGGAGAUGAUAUAGAAGUCUUACAAUAUGGAAAUGCAACAGAAAAUACAAAAUGUAAAUGUACCACAGCAAAUUUUAUUGUGGCAGUUUGCACAUCUAUUGCGGUUUUUAUUAUACUGAUAGUACUUGGACUUUAUGGUUAUUAUCGGGUAAAAAGAAGAGACAACAACAGAAGAGACGAUGGUAUGUAG